UGCUUUUGCUCCUCUGGUAUCCACAAGGAAAACUUCAUAGACCAAAUUUUUUCGUCCCUGGCACGUGGCUGAGGUGGCACACUGCUGUCUGGAUAGAGGACCUGCCUUCCCAAAGUGCCCGGUGAACCCAAGACAUGUCUGACUCCUUAUCAAGCUGCCUUCCCCUUCCACUCAACACACGAAAUUUAGCCCUGAGUGUCUCACAGAGCAGUGUGCAGAGCAGCGUCUGGCCUCGGGGAGAGGUGGGGCAAGCUGCAGUCCACACCUACUCGACUAUAAAGGGGGAGCCUCCAGCUGCUGCUGUUUCAGCCUCCCUUCCUCAGCCACUCACACACCUGGAUCAUGGACCCUGGGGAAUGCACCUGCAUGUCUGGAGGGAUCUGCAUCUGUGGAGACAACUGCAAAUGCACAACUUGCAGCUGUAAAACAUGUCGCAAAAGCUGCUGUCCCUGCUGCCCCCCAGGCUGUGCCAAGUGUGCCCGGGGAUGUAUCUGCAAAGGGGCCUCAGACAAGUGCAGCUGCUGCUCCUGA